UCUUUAAUUUUAAAUUUCCUGUUUGUGGUUCUUCCUACUAAAAUUAAAAUGUGGAAACAGAGGCACUGACAGUGAAGAUGAGAAUUGACUGAAAGCCAAGGUCUGAUGUGUAUGGAUCUUGCACAGAGCAGAGGAAGGGGCUUGUGCCAUGGAAAGGAAGUGCUGCUGCGAAGGAUUUGAGCUCCAUUAUGGGAGCUCCUAACGGGGGGAAUGUGCCCAGGAUUACUGCCCUUCAGUUUAGGCAUUUCUCUUGGGAUUCUGGUUAUACAUAAUGUCUUCUCUUUUUCCAGGUUGACCAGCUUCAAAGGUAGCUCAGGCUUGGACAGGUUGAGUGCUUGGCAGUGUCCUAGAGCUAAUGUCCUGUACAGACACCUGUUUUCCUGCUUUUGCUACUACAGCAUUGCAAUGCAAUUAGUCUAUCUUUUUCUCUCCACAUUUCCAAGCUGUUACUUUUACUGUUAGCUUUGUUUCAUUUUUAAGUGCUUCAAAUUGAAGAGUGUUAAUAAAUUCAUUAAAAAUGACCAACGUUAAAAAAAAGAGAUGAGAGAGAAUUCACUGUACACUCAAUAUUCUGACAAGUAAAAAAACCCAGAGGAGCUGUAUGCUGCAGUAGACUACUAUAAAUUAUUCUGUAUCUUGACAGUUAACUACGUUUCUAUAUAUGACAGUACUUGGGACAUGUUAAAUAGACUUCAGAUUAUCCUUAGUGCAAGUUGCAGCUUUUCAUCUUUUCCAUUGGAAAUACUAUUAUUUUUUAGCUUUGCAGGAGAACUUUAUUCUGUACAUCCAGAUUUUGCACGGAAAUAAAAGUAAUUUAAGAAAUAUACAGUAAUCUUAAAAUGUCACUCGACCCUUAGAAAUUCUUACUACCUAAAGUAGUGAAUAUGGAAGCCAUGUGUUAAAUAUUUUAAAGGCAUUUCAGUUUGCUCAACUAUGAUGGUUAGAAAUGAGAAAGUCAGAAUUAAAUUUAUAUUUCAUUGCCUUAUUCAUAAGGGUUUUGUUUGGUAUUGGGGUAAUAGAGAAGCAAAUCACCUAAAGAAUGAAGUCUGCAAGCAUGAAAACACAUUUUCAUAAUUGCCUUGGCAGGAAGCUUGCAUGCUCUCGUAUCAGAGCUGUGAAUAUUCCAUGGGAUGAGGGAGCUGCUUGCUCAGCAGAGGGGCACUGUCCGUCUCAACAAGCAGCAGCUGCAGGUACUGAAGGAACGUUUCCAGGCCUUUCUGAACGGGGAGACGCAAAUCGUAGCAGAUGAAGCAUUUUGCAACGCUGUGCGGAGCUACUAUGAGGUAUUUCUCAAGAGUGACCGGGUUGCAAGAAUGGUCCACAGUGGAGGAUGUUCUGCAAGUGACUUUAGAGAUGUUUUUAAGAAAAACAUAGAAAAGAGAGUCCGAAGUUUGCCGGAAAUCGAUGGAUUAAGCAAAGAGACAGUGUUAAGUUCUUGGCUAGCCAAAUACGAUGCCAUAUACAGGGGAGAAGAGGACUUGUGCAAACAGCCGAACAGAAUGGCUUUAAGUGCUGUAUCAGAGCUGAUUCUGAGCAAGGAACAGCUCUAUGAAAUGUUUCAGCAGAUUCUAGGGAUCAAAAAAUUGGAACACCAGUUGAUUUAUAAUGCCUGCCAAUUGGAUAAUGGAGAUGAGCAAGCAGCCCAGAUAAGACGUGAACUAGAUGGACGACUGCAACUGGCAGAACAAAUGGCAAGGGAAAGAAAAUUCCCAAAAUUUGUAACAAGGGAAAUGGAGAACAUGUACAUAGAGGAGUUGCGGUCUUCAGUGAAUCUGCUGAUGGCAAAUUUGGAAAGUCUGCCAGUGUCUAAAGGUGGGCCAGAGUUCAAACUGCAGAAGUUAAAGCGAUCACAGAAUUCUGCAUUCUUGGACAUAGGAGAUGAAAAUGAAGUUCAGCUGUCAAAGUCUGAUGUGGUUCUCUCCUUCACAUUAGAGAUUGUUAUAAUGGAAGUACAAGGUUUAAAGUCAGUUGCUCCCAAUCGGAUUGUCUACUGCACCAUGGAAGUGGAAGGGGGUGAAAAGCUCCAGACAGACCAAGCAGAAGCUUCCAGGCCACAAUGGGGAACCCAAGGGGAUUUCACCACUACUCACCCUCGGCCUGUUGUCAAAGUAAAACUCUUUACAGAAAGCACCGGGGUGCUGGCACUUGAAGAUAAAGAACUGGGAAGAGUUGUGUUAUAUCCAACGUCCAAUAGCCCAAAGUCUCCUGAUCUGCACAAAAUGAUAGUUCCCAAAAACAGCCAGGACAGUGACCUGAAAAUUAAACUGGCAGUGAGAAUGGAUAAACCACCUCACAUGAAGCACUGUGGGUAUUUGUAUGCUCUAGGACAGAAGGUUUGGAAGCGGUGGAAAAAACGCUAUUUUGUCCUUGUUCAGGUUAGCCAAUACACAUUUGCAAUGUGCAGUUACAGAGAAAAGAAGUCUGAGCCUCAAGAACUGAUGCAACUGGAAGGAUACACUGUGGAUUACACAGCUCCUCACACAGGUCUUCAGGGUGGUCGGAUGUUUUUCAACGCUGUUAAAGAGGGUGAUACUGUGAUAUUUGCCAGUGACGAUGAGCAGGAUAGAAUACUCUGGGUUCAAGCUAUGUACAGAGCCACAGGUCAGUCCUACAAGCCUGUUCCUGCAAGUCAAGCUCAGAAGAUGAAUCUUAAGGGAGGCAAUGCCAACACAGAUAUAUCCCCACUUUAUACAGACCGUGGCCAGAAACAUGGCAUGGAUGAGUUUAUUUCUGCUAAUCCCUGCAAAUUUGACCAUGCUUCCCUCUUUAGACUGCUUCAGAGACAGACCUUGGAUCACAGAUUGAAUGACUCCUAUUCUUGUUUGGGCUGGUUUAGCCCGGGUCAGGUCUUCGUGUUGGAUGAAUACUGCGCUCGCUACGGGGUGAGAGGCUGCCACCGCCAUCUCUGCUAUCUCGAUGAACUGAUUGAAUAUUCAGAAAAUGGUUCUGUCAUUGAUCCAACCUUGCUCCACUACAGCUUUGCAUUUUGUGCUUCUCAUGUUCAUGGUAACAGGCCAGAUGGAAUUGGAACAGUAUCUGUGGAAGAGAAAGAAAGGUUUGAGGAAAUUAAGGACAGACUUUCCUCCCUUUUGGAAAACCAAAUAAGCCAUUUCAGAUACUGUUUCCCUUUUGGACGUCCCGAAGGAGCUUUAAAAGCCACACUUUCAUUACUUGAAAGGGUUUUAAUGAAAGAUAUUGCCACUCCUAUACCAGCAGAAGAGGUGAAGAAAGUGGUUAGAAAAUGUCUGGAGAAGGCUGCCUUGAUCAAUUACACUCGACUUACAGAAUAUGCCAAAAUAGAAGCAACAGCGGAAAAGGACUCAGAGACGAUGAAUCAAGCAACACCUACAAGAAAACUGGAAGAGGUUAUUCACCUUGCAGAACUCUGUAUCGAAGUAUUGCAGCAAAAUGAAGAGCAUCAUUCAGAGGCGUUUGCUUGGUGGCCAGAAUUGUUGGCUGAGCAUGCAGAGAAGUUUUUGUCUCUGUAUUCUGUUGACAUGGAUUCUGCACUUGAGGCACAGCCACAAGACUCCUGGGACAGCUUCCCGCUUUUCCAGCUGCUGAAUAAUGCCCUCAGAAAUGACACGCUUUUGUGCAAUGGCAAGUUUCACAAGCACUUGCAAGAAAUUUUUGUUCCCAUGGUCGUCCGCUACAUUGAUCUCAUGGAAUCAUCAAUUGCUCAGUCCAUUCACAGAGGUCUUGAACAAGAGUCAUGGCAACCUGUCAAGAGCAUCACCAACAGUCUUCCUAAUGUAGCUCUUCCAAAAGUUCCAAGUUUGCCUCUUAAUCUUCCACAAAUACCUAGCUUUACUACACCAACCUGGAUGACUUCUUUGUAUGACUCCACCAAUGGAUCAGCUACAUCAGAAGAUCUUUUCUGGAAACUGGAUGCUCUGCAGAUGUUUGUUUUUGACCUUCACUGGCCAGAACCAGAAUUUGCCCACCAUUUAGAGCAGAGACUUAAACUCAUGGCCACUGACAUGAUAGAAGCCUGCGUUAAAAGAACGAGAAUUGCAUUUGAACUGAAGCUGCAAAAGACAAACAAAUCAACAGACUUGCGUAUACCUUCUUACCUGUGCACAAUGUUUAACGUCUUAGUUGACGCCAAGAAACAGACAGCUAAACUCUGCAUGCUGGAUGGGGGGCAAGAGUAUGCUAGUCAAUGGCAACAAUACCAUUCAAAAAUAGAUGAUUUGAUUGAAGAAACUGUUAAAGAAAUUAUUUCUCUUCUUGUUUCAAAGGUUGUUUCAGUGUUAGAAGGUGUGCUGUCUAAAUUGUCAAGAUAUGAUGAAGGUACUUUCUUCUCAUCAUUAGUUUCAUUCACUGUAAAAGCAGCUGCCAAAUAUGUUGAUGUUCCGAAACCAGGAAUGGAUCUAGCAGACACCUACAUUAUGUUUGUUCGGCAAAACCAGGAUAUUCUUCGAGAAAAGGUCAAUGAGGAAAUGUACAUAGAGAAGUUAUUUGAUCAAUGGUAUAGCAACUCCAUGAAAGUCAUAUGCAUGUGGUUGGCUGACAGAUUAGAUGUUCAGCUUCACAUCUACCAGCUGAAGACUCUCAUCAAGAUAGUGAAGAAAACCUACCGAGACUUCAGGUUGCAAGGCGUGCUGGAGGGGACGCUGAACAGUAAAACCUACGACACCGUGCACAGCCGCCUGACUGUCGAGGAGGCCACAGUCUCAGUCACGGAUGCAGGAGGACUUCAGGGCAUUACAAUGAAAGACAGUGAUGAGGAGGAGGGAUGAUUUUAUUUCACAAAGCAUUCAGAGCUGGGGGGUGAUGGUCUGAGGGUGGGGUUUAUCUUUGCCUUGGGGUUUUUUGGCAACUUGUCCUUGUAAUUGCUUUUAUAGUUUUGCCUUAUGACAUCGGUGCAGAAAUGUAACUUGCUCCAUUAAAAAAAGAAAGUAAGAUUAUCAGAGGAAAAGUGCCAAGGACUUUUUGAGAAUAAUGGUUGUAGCAUAUUUUUAUGUAUAGCUUUGCUUAGGGCUGCAACAACAAUGGCAUGGAGUUUGAGUUCCACUUGUGAUUACAUUUCUUUCCCUUAUGUUUGCUACCAUUUAUUCUUGUAUCUCCAUCUGAUAUUGAUGUCCUGUGCAGAAAAAGAUGUGUGUCUUACUUAAAACAUAACUAUACAGGAAAUCAUCCUUGGAAUGAGUCAAUGCCCUCAGUAAAAAAAAUAGUGUAUUUUCAGGAUUACAAUUUGUUCACCUUUUUUGUGUUUAAUUUUACAUUAUUAUGUGAUGUGCAUUAAAAAUUUUAAUCUUGCUUCUUUGUAUAUUGAGGUUGGUAUAUAAGCAGAAGAUCUUCAAGGACAGUCAAACACAUACAAACUGCUUAGGAGUGUCGUGUCUAUUCAUUUUGCAAGUUUAAAAAUAUCUCAUCCUGUUGGAUGUCAGUAAGCUUGCCAUCUAUGUUUGUAUUUCUGUGAAAAUUUUCAGGCAAUAAGAACACAUUUUGUUGUGGCCAUUUAUGUAUCUACCCAAGUUUGUAUAGAAUUCUACAAUUAAAAGAUGUUUUCAGUAUUUCAAACAA